GCACUGUUGCAGGCCAAGUCUGAUACCCAAUUCGGGCGAGUGGAGUGGUAAUAACUUCGCCGCAAGCCACCAUUUUAAGCUGUAGGGCCCAGGGUGGUGCUUUGCCAAAGGGCUUCCUCUCAGCUGCGUAGAAAUGCCUCAAGGUGCAGUCCUGCACCAGCGAACUGAGCAGUUCAUGCUCCUGUGCACAAUCCUGUCAGGUGUGAGAUGCUAGGCAACAUCCUGGGGGCUGCUCUUUCUGCAAUCAAGGACUGAAGUAUGUGAUCAGGAACGCCAUGGAGGGUGCAGAUUACCAGUUGCCUUCUACCAAUACGGUCAGCGUGGCUCUUCCUUCCCCCUCCUCAUCGUCUUCCUGUGACGGAGCCGACACCCUGGCCUUCAACGGGGAGCUGGACUUGCAGCGCUACUCCAAUGGGCCGGGGGGGGGGGGGGGCGAGGCCAGGCCAUGCUGCGGCUGCCCCAUCUGCGGCAAGCGUUUCCGUUUCAACAGCAUUCUGGCCCUGCACACGCGCAUCCACACCGGGGCCUACCCCCUCACCUGCCCCUACUGCGGCCAUCGGGCAGGGCAGCGGGCCAGCCUGCGCCUCCACCUGCGCUCUCACUGCCCCGAGGCCCGCGCCCGCCUCGGCCACCAGAGCCGCUUGCUGCUUGAGCUGGAAGAGCGGGCACUCCUGCGGGGCCAAGAGGAGGAGGAGAAGAACGAGAGGGGGGCUGCUGCCCCUGCCCCGCGCCCACCCCUGCCCACCUUCCGCUGCCCUUUCUGCAAGGGCAAAUUCCGCACAGCAGGCGAGCGAGAGCGCCAUCUGCGCAUCCUCCACCAGCCCUACAAGUGCGGGCAGUGCUCCUUUGCCGCCACCCAGGAGGCCGAUCUGCAGUGGCACAAUCAGCAGGCCCACAAACCCCCCACUCCUCCUGCCCCCGUCCCUGCCGCUUCGGUCCCGCCCACCCCUCCUGCCUCUACCCCCUCUGCUCCCCCAGCCUCUGCCCCGAAUGAGUUCCGCUGCCAGGUGUGCGGCCAAGCCUUCACCCAGUCCUGGUUCCUCAAGGGGCACAUGCGCAAGCACAAAGACUCCUUCGACCACAAGUGCCAGGUGUGUGGGCGCGGUUUCAAGGAGCCCUGGUUCCUUAAAAACCACAUGAAGGUUCACCUCAGCAAGCUGGGCCUUCAGAGCCAACAGAGGAGGACAGCAACGGGACGGUCCCCACAGAGCUUACUCGUGGGCUGCGAGGCCCUCUACCCUUCGCUCCUGUCCCCGCAGCCCACAGACAAGGCCGGCACGGGUAACUUCCUCGGCUAUGGUGAUGCUAGCUGUGCCGAGAGACUGCAGGCCACAGCCCGGGCAGUGGAGAGCGGCCAGCAGUGGAGGGAACGUCAUUACGCGGGGGAGCCCAAGAGGGAGAACCCCGGAGGCGCCCAUCGUUGCCCGGAUUGCGCGCGGAGCUUCAGCACAUUCCAGCAGAUGGCGCUGCACCGCCAAAGCCACCUGUCUCGAGACCGGGAGUGGGGCAAGGGGCAGACACUGGGUUCCCACCUUCUCACUGGACACUGGCUGCCCGCAAACGUCCGAGCCUCCGCUGCCAGCAAUACCAGCCCCAGCCUGCUGACCCAAGAGGAAAAGGAUGUGCAGGAGCAACCACACCUGGACGGAUCUCGCCGGGGCUCUGGGAAAGAUUGUCCGUUUUGCGGGAAGUCCUUCCGAUCCUCUCAUCAUCUCAAGGUGCACCUCCGUGUUCACACAGGCGAGCGCCCAUACAAAUGCCCUCACUGUGACUAUGCUGGCACUCAGUCUGGCUCUCUCAAGUAUCACCUGCAGCGCCAUCACCGGGAACAAAAGAGUGCUGCAGCAGCUGCAGCUGCAGCGGCCGCAGGAGCAAUGGAACGGUGCCACAUACCCCUGGCUCCCACUGCAGCCUCUGCUUUCCCCCCUACGCAGCUCGCCAAGAGCCACGGGCCCUUCCUACCCCUGGGAGGCUUGGGUGUUGCUCGGUCCCGUCCUUCCCGUCGCAAACCGCUGCUCAACGGGAAGGCCGACUUCCAGCCCUUGGACCUGUCGCUGCGCCCAACCCUCGCCGGAGGGGCCCUCCACCGCUGCCAAUUCUGCCCCUUCGCCACCUCAGCUCCUGAGCUCAUGGAAUUACACCUUCAGGUCCACCACAGCCGAAAAGCCCGAACCCGCCGCUGCUCUCAUACUGCCCCUAAGCCCCACAUGGUGAUGCCGGAGGAGGAGCAGGAGACAUCUGAGCCCCAGAGCCCCCAGCUGAAAGAAACCGAGUCUCCAAGUCCAAAGGGGGAGAUGACCAAACUCCAGAAGUUCUGGCAUUUGGAAGACCAGGAGGAACCGGCCAGGUCUGCGCGGCCUCGAAGGAAGCCGUCUUCUGGUAAAAGAGCGGUUGUUGCCAGUCUGUCUCCUGAAGCUAAACAGGAUUGGGAUAACCUGUCUCCAGACUCCGAGGAGUCGAUGCCCGAGGAGGAAUCGCCUGGCCCCUUGGUCCCAAAGGGGGCAGCCCGCCAGGAGGCGUCUAAAGCAGGCCAAAGCCUCAUGGAGUUGCAACUGGAGCCAGUGCAGGCCUGAGGAGAUCUACUCUGCAUAUUUAAACCAGUUUCAAACCUGUUUAACUGUCAUGCCAACUCCUGACCUAAAAGACUCUGGGAACUGUAGUUCUAUUCUGUGAAAUGACGCUCACGAAUAGAGACUUCUCAACACGCAUAGAAAACUACAAUUCUCAGACUUCUAGAGGGCGGAGUAGAAAAGGGGCCUCGUAGCUUAGAGCUUUGCAUGCAGAAAGCCCCAGGUUUAAGCAAUCUUUGGUCUCUCCCGUUACAAGAGGCCUUCAUUUUUGGAGAGACGCUGCCUGUCAAAAGCAGACCAUACUGAGCUAGAUAGGUCAGUGGUCUGAUUUCAUAUAAGGCAACUUCCCACAUUCAUUAGACAGUUAAACCAGUUUCAAACCUGUUUACAUGUGUAGUAUAGAUGUGCUGAGACCAGGACAGCCACAAGUGACAGCGAUACAUACCCAGAGGUGUUGGGGCCAGAGGUAGUGGAGGGUGCCAUCUUUUUCGGAAGUAAGUCUCUGCCUUUUAGCAGCCGCAAGAGAGAUGGGAGUUCUGUCGCUGAAGCUGUUAAAAGCACAGGAGCUCUGACAGGGAAAAAAAAGCACCCAAGAAGGUAGAGGCCGUGACACGGCUGGGAAGCGGAGUUGGGUGAAAGGCAGUGAUGCUGUAGCAGUCUUUUUUUAGUCAAACAGGGUUUUGAGGUGAGGCGGCUGAAGUAAGAGAUUCCAGCCCCUUGCUCGGUCCUCAGUUCUGGGCUUGAUGUUGCUUCUUUCGGGCGGCGAUGUCUGAGGAGCCAGGUCCUUUCACAAUCUGAAUUCUUGGCGCAAGGGCAGGGUUGAGAGAACUCCUGUGGGACAGGACUCUCCUAUAAGCUGACAUAUUUCGUGAAGGGGGGAGAAUUAUUGCCGGUACAGCUUUUCCUUCCAUGUGGCUUCUACGUUGGGAAAAGUUUACCUGCCCAAUUUCUCCUUUCUCCGUUGCUGUCAAAGGCAGAAGAGCCCCGUCCCUAGGAAUGCGGUUGACCCCAAAGUGCCACAGAGGCAGAGCGGGCCGCAUCAGCCACUCCUGGCUUGAGGGGGUCUUUAUUCUCUGGCGCACGUACGUGUGAGGCAGCCCAUCUACAGAGCAAGUGGGGGGUUACAGUCUAAUGUGCUUAGCAAGCGACCCAGUUGCCAGUAUCUCGUCUGUGUAGGGGCCCAGCAGCAGAGCUUUGUUUCUGUAGUAACCUGGCACAGCAGGGAGCUUGACAACUUCUAGAGUUUUCUAUUUUUUUAUUGUUUUUUCUUGUAGAAAAUUUGAAACUGGAAAUAAAAAUUAAAAUGAGAAAAAAAAA